UCAAGACGUCUGAGCAAACUUAUCAUUCCUCCUACUUCGCGUCUCGGUUUCGUCCGCAGUGCAUUACAGAUAGAGAGAGGGAGAGAGAGAGAGCCUACAUGGACAACUGCCACACGCGUCUGCGCUUUUAACGAUUAGAACACUUCAAACAGAACUUGCUUACAGGAAAUGCCUGCUAGAUUCUCAGAGCGGUUCAAUCACCUCUAAUGCCUCAAGAGAGCUGAGCCUUAGUAGAAUUUCGCAAGUCGGAGGGAAGAGUUAAGGCAUCUGAGGCUAUAGUGGCUGAGAACGAUGCUGGGUCUAACGCAUUUCAAAUUAACAACACUUGUGUUGCUGCCCUGUGUGCUGUCGUUCAACGUGGAUGAGAAGAAUGGCUUAUCGUUCAGUGGACCGGUGGACGACAUGUUCGGCUACUCCGUUCAGCAGUUUGAAAACAGCGAGGGCAAAUGGGUUCUGAUUGGCUCUCCUCUGACUGGUCAGCCAACCAGGAGGACCGGAGAUGUGUACAAGUGUCCAGUAGGGAGAGAAGACAGCACCUGUAUCAAGCUGGAGCUGCCAAAAUAUACGACCAUACCCAAUCUACGGGAAGUGAAGGAGAACAUGACCAUGGGGACUACGCUGGUGACCAGCCCUGAUGGAGGCUUCCUGGCCUGUGGACCUCAGUAUGGCUACAUGUGUGGUCAGCAGCAGUACAUCUCAGGGGUUUGCACCAACGUUAGCUCCUCCUUCAAGGUGCUCAACUCCAUAGCACCAGCCGUACAAGAUUGUGCAAAGGAGCUGGACAUUGUCAUUGUGUUGGAUGGCUCAAACAGUAUCUACCCCUGGGAGGAGGUUGUCAAGUUUCUGCUGAAGUUCCUCGAGAACAUCGAGAUAGGACCCACACUCUCCCAGGUGGGCAUUGUGUCCUACGGCGAGAAUGUGACCCACAGAGUGAAUCUGAACCAGUUCAGGAACAAAAAAAACCUGCUGGAUGAGGUGAAGAACUUGCCUCAACAGACUGGCUACAAGACAAUGACAGCCCUGGGCAUCGACACAGCCAGGAAAGAGGCCUUCACGGUGGAGCGAGGGAUGCGGCCAGGGGUCAAAAAAGUCAUGGUGAUCGUCACAGAUGGAGAGUCACAUGACUUCUACAAUCUGAACAAGGUUGUUGAUGAUUGUGAGGAGGACCAGAUCGAGAGGUUUGGCAUCGCUGUGUUGGGAGACUAUAACCGGCAGAACAAGAGUGUAGCCGAUCUCCAGAAGUUCAUUAAGGAGAUCCAGUCCAUCUCCAGCGAGCCAGUUGGAGACCACUUCUUCAACGUGUCGGAUGAGGUGGCGCUCCUCAGCAUUGUGGAUGCCCUGGGAAGCAAGAUCUUUGCUCUGGAGGCUACCACUGGUAACUACACCUCUUCCUUUGAAAUGGAGAUGUCUCAAGCUGGUUUCAGUGCUCAUAGUACGAAGGAAGGAGUGCUUCUGGGGGCUGUGGGUGCAUACGACUGGAACGGCACUGUGGUGAUGCAGACAGCAACGGGCUCCAUCGUCCCCACGACAACCAGCUUUGACGACCCCCUGGACACAAGGAAGGAGGCCCAGGCUGGAUAUGUGGGCUAUGAUGUGCAGUCAGCCAACAGUCGUGAUGGUGUGUUGUACAUAACGGGAGCACCCAGACACAACCACACCGGCAGGGUCGUCAUCUACCGACUGGAGGGCGGCAGAGUCACCAUCACUCAGGUCCUGAAGGGAGAACAGAUUGGGUCGUAUUUUGGUAGUGUGCUCCAGACUGUGGAUGUAGACAAGGACUCGUACACUGACCUGCUGCUGGUUGGAGCUCCCAUGUUCAUGGGCCCUGACAGAGAUGAACAAGGACACGUCUACAUUUACCAACUCAACCAGGAGGGGAUGUUUGAGCACCAGACCACCUUGAAGCCUAUCAAUCAGACGUGCUGCACCGCGCACACCCAGAGUUGCACCAAUAAGAAUGAGCCAUGCGGCGCCCGCUUCGGCACUGCGAUUGCAGCGGUGACGGAUCUCAACCAGGACGGCUUCAAUGACGUGGUGAUCGGAGCACCGCUGGAGAAUGACCACCGGGGGGCGGUGUACAUAUACCACGGUGAAGGACGCGACCUCAAGGAGAAAUAUGUCCAGCGCAUUGCGGCAGGGGGAGACGGGGAGAAGAUGAAAUUCUUUGGCCAGUCCAUCCAUGGGGUCAUGGACCUGAACGGAGAUGGUAUUACUGAUGUCACCAUCGGAGGGCUGGGAGGAGCUUCUCUCUUCUGGUCCAGAGACGUGGCAGAGCUGCGCAGCAACAUGACCUUCAACCCCUCUAAGAUCAACAUGCAGCAGGACACCUGUGAUGUGAACGGCUUGAAGACAGUGUGUGUGGACAUCAAGGUGUGUUUCAGCUACUCUGUGAAGUCUGAGACCACACCCUCUAGCAACGAGACAGGCAUAAGCUACUGGUUGACGCUGGAUGCCCGGCGGGCCAAGCCCAGGGCGCUGUUCACCGGAGGUGAGCGCAGGCUGUCGAUGACGCCCACCAUAAGGAACAGUGCAUGCUGGGAGCAUCGAUUCACCAUGUUGGACAAGAAGAGGGUGGAUUUCCGGGACCCCAUGAUGGUUUCUUUGGAGUUUGGGUUGACAGAGAAGGAAGUGGGGCCAGUAUUGGAUGGAGACCUGCCCACCUUCAACAAUAAAACUAUACCCCUAGUGGAUUGUGGAAGUGACAACAAGUGUAUUGCUGACCUCUCCCUCACAGCCAAAUCAAGUGUUAGCAGCCUGGUGAUCAAAGCCAACAAGGAGAAGUUCCACGUGCUGAUCACCACCCGGAACAGCCAGGACAAUGCUUACAACACCAAGGUCACACUUAGCUUCACAGAGAACAUCAAUUAUGUCAAGGUGGAGCCUAAAGAGAAGUCUGACUGCAGUCUGAACGGCAGCAGGGUGGAGUGUGCCGUGGGCUACCCCUUCCUCCAGAGCAACACUGAGGAGACGUUCAAGAUCCUAUUCGAGGUGAACCCUGCUCACGUGCAGAAGGAGAUUAUCAUCAACGUUACUGCUGCCAGUGACAGCGACGAGCUGAACUCAACGCUCAAUGACAACUAUGUCAGGAUUUCCAUUCCCGUUCAGUAUGAGGCUGGACUCAGGUUUACGGCACUUCCCAAGGAGCAACACAUCUCUGUAAAAAAGAGAGAGCAGCACCCUUCAGUCUUCAACCACACCAGCAUGAUAGGAGAAGAGGUCAAGAUCAGCUACACGAUAGAGAAGGUGGCUGAGAUGGACACCCCUCCUCUGAGGCUGAAGGUGACCUACCCUUACCUGUCCACCCUCAAGAACAUCCUGCUCUACCUCACACACGUCACCUCCAUGCCCAAGAUGGUGACGUGCGAGGCUGGAGCCCUGAUCAAUCCUUUAGGCGUCAGCCCCACCAAGCUGUACACUGCCAACCCCAAGACGGAGACCCUCAGUACCAACCUGCUGGACUGUAUGGACCAACUUAGCUGUAACUCUUUCUACUGCUCAGUGCCUCAAGCCAACUUUAGCCAGAUCAACGUCACCUUCAGGGUCUGGAAGCCCACCUUCAUAAAGGCAGAGUACUCCAGCCUGCACAUGUCGGUCCACGCCACCCUGGAGAACCUCAACACAGACCUGUUCAUCUUGAGUGCCAAUCACACAGCCGUGACUAUCCAAGUGAGCAAGGAGGCUCUGGGAGGAAUCCCCUGGUGGGUCAUCCUGCUGAGCAUCCUGAUUGGUCUGCUCAUCCUAGCGCUGGUCAUCUUCGCUCUCUGGAAGGCUGGCUUCUUCAAAAGAAAAAGCAUGGAGGACAUGAAGGAGGACAUGAAGGAUUAACCACUGUUUCCAUGGUAACCCAUGGUAACUCCACCCAGCAGCAGCUAUGUGCCCCCCCCAUGCUACAACCACACGGUCACCUGGCCCCCUACCAAAACAGGAUAUGGGUUGGAAAAACAUUGACAUAUAAGAAGGACACUUGGUGACACGAUGCAGUUAUGGAUUGUCUUUGAACCAACGCUUUUUUCCUGUGCCACCACCCCUCCAAACUGUUGGCGAUACACCCCCUGUAUGAUCACUUUCCUAACAGUGGUGAGGGCAGACAAGAGGCUACUGCUUGGUUACCUUGGGUCACACAUCCUGGACAACAUGUCCUGGAUCCACUGCACACCCCUAGCCUAUAAGAUGACCUAACUGACCACUCUUGUGACGCAUAAGAGUCAUAGAAACAUAUGUCUCAGGUUAUCGGCAGUAAUGUCGAGUCUUAACAAGUGGCUCCACAUUUUCACCCUAUUGGGGCAAAUUCUUCAUUUGUCAUUUAUUGUUUUUUUUUUAUUGUGUUACCUGUACAAUAGCACAUUCCCUGUCUGAUAUUUUUGUUAUCAUAAUCUUCCCUAUCCUCACAUUCUGCUUUGACACUGAUAUUUUCAUUUGCGUGUUGGUUUCCUAACCCUGCAGGUACAGUCCAAAGGUGUCAGAGUGUUGCAACACUUACGGUGGAACAAAGGGGGGAUGGUCUUAGUUAAUGUUCCAACCAAAUAGGAAGAAAAACUGGCAUUCCUUCAGCUCUCACUGAAGAUGCAUGGGCUUUGGGCUGCAUCUUUUAAAAUAAACCAUUUUAUUGUACUGUAAUUGUAAAUGUAAAGCCUUAAAGUGUACAUAGUUAUGUUUGCUGUAGUUGUAAUUUAAGACAAACCAGUGUUAUCUACACAGCCUUGCAAGAGAGAAGAACUAUCUCUCUAAGAUUCUCAGGUGAUGUUUGUCAUUGUCAAUAAUAUGAAGUCUUCACAGUCUGAAUUAGAAAGAGUUUGAUAAAUAAUUGUAUUAUUACUAAACAUAAUGCAAAUAUGUAAAUAUUGUUCUGAUAUUUGGAUCAAAUUGAAAUGUAUAAACAUGCAUAGGAACUGCAUGACAUUUUCUGCCAAUAUUUCUUUUUCUUUUUUGUACUUCAAGUUCUUAUUUAGUCAUAGUGUAACUUUAUGCCUGAUACUCAGUUAUGUCGCUGUGUUGUAACACAAAGAGACAAUUGUUAUACCGAAUACCAAACUGGCAGCCUGAGAUUGCCAUAUAGCAGGGUGGACUGAGAUUCAACUGUACCCUGCAGCACAGUGAAUAGCUUUGAGCCUCACCAGCACUUACAUAGAUACCAUAGCAUCAACCUACACAAGUAAUGUUUGCUUGAAAGUACUGUUAGAUAAUCUCUUGCUCACACUUUCUCCUAGGGUGGGGGAGAAGAGGAAAUGUCUUUCGACUUGAGAACAGGCUCAUGUGCUUGUCCCUUACACUCUCCUUCUCCUCCUCCUCCCUCUCCUCCUCUUCCUCCUCCUCCUCCCUCUCCUCCUCUACCUCCCUCUCCUCC